CCUUCACCUUCGCAUUCUACCCUCUAGGCACCACUUCGGGAUUUCGUGCGGAUUUAAAAGGUUCAUGCCCUUGACCAGACAGACGCUCGAUCUUGGGGGUUCACUCUCCAUCACCAUCUCCAUCCCCCGUUUAGCUACGUCGACCUUCAGGCCUCUCCGCCAGGUCCGCCUAGAUGGCCAACCAGUGUAUCCUCCGCAUCUCCAGGGAACUGGGCGAGAUUCAGAAGGCGGCUGAUCUCUCUCUCGCAGCAGCCUGCAGGGACUCUGACGUGCGCCAUGUGCGAGCUUUAAUCGUGGGACCGCCGGAUACCCCCUAUGAGUUCGGGUUCUUCGAGUUCAAAAUCAGGUUCGGCAAAGAGUAUCCCACCAAACCUCCCACCGUAGAAGCCAUUACAACCGAUCGUGGCCAGACGAGGUUUAACCCAAACAUAUAUGCAGGGGGGAAGGUGUGUCUUUCGAUCCUCGGGACAUGGAGGGGAGAGCCUGGCGAGCAGUGGUCAUCCGCCCAAGGCCUGGAGUCAGUUCUGAUCUCCAUACAAAGCCUCAUGUCCGAGAAUCCGUACGAAAACGAACCCGGUUUUGAGGACGCCAGAACGCCGCAGGACAAGAUCAUGCAGGCGGCAUACGCGGCGAAAAUACGGCAUGAGACCCUUCGCAUAUCUGUCAUCGAUAGACUGGAGGGCUAUCUCGGAAUAGACCAGGGUCGAAACGGUCCGGUCAUCACCGUGCAGCCCGAGUUUGAGGCUGCCAAUGAAGAGCCUGCAUGGGAGCCAUUCAAAGAUCUCUGUAAGCGGCGUUUCCUCUGGUACUACGAGUCUUACAAGCGCGCCAUCGAAGAAGAGGGCAUGAAGCACAAGGAUAAUACGCCUUUUCAGAAGAUGCCCUUUGAAGGCGGUGGGAACAGCAUGAACGGUACCUUCCAGUACCAGGCCUUGAAAAAGCGCCUGGAAAGGAUCUACGAGAAGCUCGAGGAAGAGAAGCAACAGUGGAUCAAGGAGGGAAAGGAAGCCGUCCAGAAGGAAAGUAGCAAGGCAGUCAAUCUUCAACGGCAGUUUGAACAGGUCGUUGAAGCGUACAAGAAUCAAGAAAUGGUCAAUGUCGAACUCGACCUCGUGGACAGCAACCCCUUCCUGUGGCGUCUGGUGCUCUUCGGAAGACCCAUGACAAACCUUGACGGAAGCAUGAUCUGCGUUCAGAUACAUUUGAGCCCAAGAUUCCCUGAGGAACUUCCGCGCGCAGUGAUGGAUCCGCCCAUCUUCCAUCACCGCGUUUCCCCGAAGGGCAUUGUCUGCUACCACACCCGACGCGUCGAUGAUAUGGGCUCCCACGUAAAUGCCAUCAUCCAGGCUAUCGAAGAGGAGGCGCCAGCCUACGAUCCCAGAACACUGGUGAACCCAGAAGCUUCAAGGCUGCUGUGGGGAGGGCCCGAGAAUAAAAAAAUCUACAACAGGAGAGUCAGGAGGUCAGCCGAAGCGACCAUGGAGUGAGUGCAACCUACGUGGUGCACCUGUGAAGAGCUCGACUUAAUCCAUGCAUAGGAUGUAGGUCACUAGGUCAAAGGCAUAUUUGAGUCGGGCUUCGCAUUGAUAGAUCCCUUCCCCGCUUCGGACACUUGAUACCCGGGCCUGAUCCAUCGAUAUGGUCAUCCCAUUGCACGGUCGAGGUGUUAUCGGUCUUCUCUUCCACUUUAACCCGUUCUUCUUUUCCCAACGGUGCAUCUGUUCCAGGCGUUGGCAAGGGGGGCUUCUAUGGUCAAAACUCAUGGCGUAAUCGGCAAUGACUGCGUGAUGAACAAGGUGGGCGAAUGAGCCAAGGGCAUAAGUACUAUGUAGAGGUUCGAACUUUGAUAGGAUCUUCGAUCUAAUGGCAACGAGAAUUUCCGUCAAU